GGAGGCGGGGCGCGAGCGGGGCCUGGUGUCGGCCGUUCGCAGGCGCCUCCCCUUUAAGGCGCGGACACGUGUGCGGCGGGCCGGAGGGGCCCGGAUGGUGCGGGAGGCCGGAGCAGGCGCCGGCUGGGAUUGCCCCAGCGCCUGCUCUUUGCAUGGCUUGCUGCUGGAAGGGGCUGGGGGAGUACUGGGGGGAGACAGCUCUCCUCAGCCCUCCGCCCCAGCGGUGCUGAUCCUCGCUCGCGUUCUCUGCACCCAGCACAGCGUCCUCGCUGGCUUAUCGGCUGGAGAAGGGCUUCUGAAUUCAAGGGCACGAGACACCACCUGGCUUCCUCUCUGCUGCCCGUUCCUAGCCUGAGCGCUCGACAGCCAGGGCCGAUGUUCCCGCGAGGGCUGGCUGAGUCCAAACUCUCCAGAGAGACGCUUCCCCGGCUAGUGAGCUGAGUCCACUCCCCCACAGUGAUGCGCCAUGCCGAUAGUGGACAAGCUGAAGGAGGCUCUCAAGCCAGGCCGGAAGGACUCCACUGACGAUGGUGAGCUGGGCAAGCUCCUGGCGUCUUCUGCCAAGAAGAUCCUGCUGCAGAAGAUAGAGUUUGAACCGGCAAGCAAGAGCUUCUCCUACCAGCUGGAGACCCUGAAGGGCAAGUACGUUCUGCUGAACCCCAAGACAGAGAAUGCCAGUCGCCAGAAGAGCUCUGAUGAGGCCCAGAUCAGGAAGCAGGGGAGUGACCAUGCUUUGGGAGGCUCUGGGGACGGCGUCCCCGCUCCCCAGAAAGUUCUCUUCCCCAUGGAGCGCCUGUCCAUGAAAUGGGAGCGGGUGUACAGGGUCGGAGCAGGACUCCACAACCUGGGCAACACCUGCUUCCUGAACUCCACUGUGCAAUGUCUGACUUACACGCCGCCGCUGGCAAACUACCUGCUGUCCAAGGAGCAUAGCCGCAGCUGUCACCAAGGAGGCUUUUGCAUGAUGUGCAUUAUGCAGAAUCACAUGAUCCAAGCUUUUGCCAACAGCGGCAAUGCAAUCAAGCCGGUGUCCUUCAUCAGAGAUCUCAAAAAGAUCGCUCGGCACUUCCGCUUUGGCAGCCAGGAGGAUGCGCACGAGUUUCUGCGCUACACCAUCGAUGCCAUGCAGAAGGCCUGCCUGAACGGCUACACCAAGUUGGAUCGUCAGACUCAGGCUACAACUCUGGUUCAUCAGAUCUUUGGCGGUUACCUGCGGUCCCGUGUGAAGUGUUCGGUGUGCAAGAGCGUCUCGGAUACCUACGACCCCUACCUGGACGUGGCUUUGGAGAUCCGGCAAGCCGCAAACAUAGUGCGAGCGCUGGAGCUGUUUGUGAGACCAGACAUGCUGAGCGGGGAGAACGCCUACAUGUGUGCCAAAUGCAAGAGGAAGGUGCCCGCCACGAAGCGCUUCACCGUCCACCGUGCCUCCAAUGUCCUCACGCUGUCCCUCAAGCGCUUCGCCAACUUCAGCGGAGGUAAAAUCACCAAGGACGUAGGGUACCCCGAGUUCCUGAACGUUCGUCCCUACAUGUCUCAGAGCAGCGGCGACCCGGUCAUGUACGGCUUGUAUGCAGUGCUGGUGCAUUCGGGGUACAGCUGCCAUGCGGGGCACUACUACUGCUACGUGAAGGCCAGUAACGGGCAGUGGUACCAGAUGAACGACUCCCUCGUCCACUCCAGCAACAUCAAGGUCGUCCUCAACCAGCAGGCCUAUGUGCUGUUCUACUUAAGAAUCCCAAGCUCUAGGAAGAGCCCUGAGGGGCCCAUUGCCAAGACUGCCUCUGCCCUGCCUGGCCGAGCCGGCAUAGUCUCUGACCAGAUCAAGAAAACCGUAGCCAAUGGGCUGCUCUCCUCGCCGCUGGCUGGCAAGAGACCAGACGGGGCGCCCGGGAAGAAGCUCCAGGCAGCGGAAGAGGCCGGGAUCCCUGUGGCCCGGGGUGUGUUUGGGGCCGGGCCCAAGCUGCAGAACGGGACCGCUCAGGCUAAGCCCCCUGCUGGGUUCCCCUCGCCCAGACUGGCUGCCAGAGCCAUGCACAUGGCAGCUGCGUUCUCGGAUGAGCUGGCCAGGAGGCCCAAGAAGCCACUUGCUGUGUCCCAGGGCUUCUGUGACACCAGUGAAGUGAGCAGGGCCAAAGCCGAGGUCCCCAAGCAGAGCUCCUGGGAGAGCAAGGAGUCUCCAUCACCCACCUCGCCCAAGCCCCAGGUGGAGCCAGCUGCACCCAGCCAAGAGCCCAGAGGCAGCGGGGAGGGCACUGAGCCGCGGAGGAAGGACUCCUGCAGCAGCAGCUCUUCCAGCCCAGCGCGCUUGGCCAAGGGACCCCCGCAGGCUAAGAGCGGAGCCAACGGCUUCUGCGCCUCUCAGGAAACAGAGUACGGUCCAGCCGCAUCCUCAGAGCAGGAGGCCAAGCCGCCCGGCUCGGAGGACCCCCAGGUGGCGAAAUUAAAAUCCCUGCUGCUGGCUGGUGCCACCCUGGAUGUGAGCAGCACCAUGUCACCCCCGCCUGCCAAGAAGCUGGCCCUUUCUGCUAAGAAGGGCAGCACCCCGCGGAGGGCGAGCGGAAGUGACCGCCACGCGCCACCCCGCCCAGCCUUUGCCGACCACACCUCCCCCACGAGCAUCACCCACCCUGCCUCCACCUCUCCCUGGCCUCUCGGCAAGUCCAGGGUGCUCUCAUCUGCUCCCAAAUCACCACUUCCUCAGAGGCCUGCCUGCAGCCCCAGCCCAAACUCUCAGCUCCUGGCCAGCAGCCAGCCCACCCACCCUUCACACCCAGGCAGGGAGAAGGAGGCCAGCCAGGCCCUGCCCAGCUCCUCCAAAAAGAGACGAAAGCAGCAUCUUGAGGUGGAGAGCGUCCCCCGUGGCCUGGGCCCAGCAGGUGCUAGUGGCGAGGGGGCCGGGCUUGCCAGCCCCCCCCGGAAGAGGCGGUACCUGGAGGAGGGUGAGCGUGAGGAGGCUGCGGCCAGGAAGUCAGGCAGCGGGAAGAGAGAGGGGCUGGGCCGUGGGGACCUGGAGUGGGAACGCAGGCACCGAGCUGCAGGUUCCAGCUGCCACAUGGGCACUGGGCCCAUCACCCCCCGGAAGAGGAGGAGGAAGAGAUUGCGGCAGCUGGAGGAAGAUCACAGCCCCGGCACAUCUCCCUUGGGCAGCAGCUGCUCCGGGAAGGGCAAGGCUGUGACCCUGGCGUCUGGGGCAGGAGAGCUCCGCAGCGCGAAGCAGCAGCAGCGAGGUUUGGAGGUGGACGAUGGCGAGAUCGAGCAUCAGAAGUGCAAGCGGAGGGAGAGCCCCAGCAGCCCGGCCUCCAAGCCCAGCUCUGAGCAAGCAGCUGUGAAUGGGCUCCACACCAGAGUCAGCACUCCAGUGGCCGUGUGCGUCUGGGACAGCCAGGUCAGAGAUGGCUCCACCCGCAGCCCGGAGAAGGGGCGGGGCACUGGGACAGCAUGGCAGAGCCAGGAGGCGGCCAGCGUGGUGCAGGAGCUGCUCAGGAAUUCCUCUGAUAAAGCGUAUGGGAAGCAAGUGCUGACGUGGGAGGGCGAGAUCUCUGCCGUUAGCCAGGACGCCCUUCAGGACGUGGCGUGGGCCCGGAGUGCGAGAGUCACAGACGACUGGGACGAGGACUUCGACAGUGGCAAGGUGAAGAAGAGCAAAAAGUUCAAGCGGGACCGGAGGAGACACCUCAAUGCCUUCCAGAAACUGCAGAGCAGGCGCAACUUCUGGUCUGUGACUCACCCCGCCAAGGUGGCCAGCCUGAGCUACCGGCUCUGAGGCCGGGGGGCCCCGCUGGAGCUCGCCGUUCAGUCCUGGCAUUCGUGGGCCGGGGGCAGAGUGGCCGGACCCUGCGGUGCUAGUGUUGACUCGUCCUGCUGCAUCAUCUCCGGAGCCAGGCUGAGGGCCAUGGUGUGCGACAGGCCUGGGCCCCGCUGGCGUUCUUGUGCAGGGUGGGAGCAGGGGCACCUGCCCCAUGGAACAGGAGUGGGGCUCCAUGGAACAGGGGCUGGUUCUUGGAUGUUGGGGACGGUUGAGACUCGCCGGAGCUGAUGCUGCUGGAGUGUAGCUAAGUUGGCUGGUUCACGUGCUUUAAGUCCCCCUCGCUCCGCCAUGGCCAGUGCCAAGGAGCAUCAUGGGGGCGCUGAUGCCUUCGCCCCCGGCAGGUAGCUGAGGAAGGGCCCCUCAGGACACGUCCCAUAGCCAAGGCUGAGAUGCAGAGCAUACCCUGCUCCUGAUUGCCACAGCCCCUGGGUGACUCCUCCACUCCCCUGCUUCUGGCACUGGGGCUGGCCAGCAGCCUGCCUUGUGCCCAGCCGUGCUCCUCCCUUCGCCUGGGGAGCCUUGUGACCAUGCUGCUGUCACACGCUGUCUAAUGGGGCAGCUAUUCCCCUGCUGCACUGGCCCCAGGACUGCAGCACGGUGCUGGGAUUGCGUCCAGCCCGGUGUUUCUGGGCAGGGAAGUGCCUGUCAAUGGCGCUUUGUCACUGCUGUGCCCUGGUCUCGGCUGGGGCCUGUACAGCCCCGUGCACACAUGGCUCCGGGGCUGGGGCUGGCAGCUGGCACUGCUCUGCCUUGCAAACAUCAGCCCUGCUCAUGGGGCUCUGAGGCUGCUGCUUAGGGCAGUUUUCUGUUAAUGCCUCCUCUGUACCCCCCAUCUCCUCUCCACCCCGCCCUCCCUCGAGCUGCUCCUGCCUGGGUCCCUGGGCAGAGGGAGUAAUGGGCUCAUACAGGCCUCCUUCAGCUCAACCAACUGCUCUCAGGGGUGAGCGUCACCCCCGUCCAGCUUGGCCUCCUGUCCUGGGUUCCCUCUGUCUAGCUGGAGACGUAGCCCCAGCAGAACCAGGCUGCUGCCAGAGUGGGAGAAGGGGGCCAUCCCCUGCCACAGCUUGGUCCAGCUGUGUGCAUCCCUGCUCAGAGAUCAGCUGUUGGCCUGAGCUGCUAGCCCCCAGCACGCCUUGACUUCACUCCGCCUGGCUUCCCCCGGUAGUGUCCCGGUUCGUCUCGCUGAGGGUGUGCUCCCUGCUCUCGGGGGAGGGGAUGCUGCUGGGCCAGGAGCAGAUGGGGGGCGGGGGGGAGUCUCUGCUGGGCUAAUGGCUGUUGUGGGGGCUGUGGGAAGAUCUCCUGGGGCAGUGCUGCUUCAGUGGAGAGGCUGCCUCCACCCAUCUGCUGCUGCAUGUCCAUGUCUGCCUAGUACCUCUUAACUGCAUUCCCUGUACCACUGCCCCUCUGCCAAACCUCCCUGCUGUGCGAGUCCCAGGAAAAGAAUGUUCUCCAGGUCUUCCACGGGCAGGGCCCUGCUCUCCCCCCUGCUCCCUGGGAGCCUGAGAGCUGUCAUGCAUUAUCUUCUAAAUACCUGUUAACCUUUUGCAUCCUGCUGUCAGCCAGACAGGCCAGGUGAAGGGGUUAAUGGCUGCAAAUCACUUCAUUAUCUCAGAUGUGUACAUAUAUCAAAGCCUGUUUAAUGGCCGUUACAGCUAGGAUUUGCAUUUAUUUAAAUUUUCAACUUAGUCAAGGGGAGAAAAGCCAGCGUGAGACUCCGUCCCCUUCCCCAGGGGAGAUUUCCCUCUUACAGUGGGGAUUAUUCUGACAUCUUGUACAGUUUGCUGAUCGACGGUUCCAUAAUCUCAAUGUAUAUGUGUGUAGAUACCGGGAGCUGAUCUGUACAUGGUUGUAUUUUGCACCUCCUGCUGGGGACAGUGCAGUAACCUCAGUUAUUGCCAAGAUCAUGGUGCAAUAAAGUAACCAGUUUUGA